GUUCCAACUAAAAUUCAAUUGUUCCAACAUUGACUCUGCAUUUUCCUAGUUAAUGACCAGCUCUGCAACAUGACCAAAAGUUGAGGAAAUUCCAAGGCUUCAAUCAAACGCAUUGUUAUAAUGAUAAAUAACAUUCCAUAUAUUGAAAAAUUCAAGGCUUUGACAUUUUUAUAUUUCAUUGAGACAACAACAUAAUUUCAUGCUAUCUCAUACCUUAGGUUAAAUUCCCCAAAAUUCCACAAUUAUUUUACAACCACCACCAGCUCCUCCCAUUCCCACGGUGGCCUGAAAAACCCUGUGGCUGUUUUCCAGCUUCUCCUUUCUCUGAUAAACUCACAACCAACUGGGAAUAUAGCACUUUACCUUUCCAACCCCUAUUUCUGGAAUUAUGGAGAUAUCUGUGUUAAAGGCGCUCUCUAAAGGCAUAUCCUCAUUUUUGCAUUUAUCAUCUUCUGGAAAAAUAAACUCAGAACUUGUAUCAAACUAUUAUGAGAAGGCAGAGAAGAUGCUGAAUCUUUUGAAACCAAUUGUUGAUGUCACUGUUCAGUCUGGUUUAGCUUCUAAUGAAGAGCUUAGUAAGUUAUUCAAGGAACUUGGUCUGGCUGUUGAUGAGUUGAGGGAGCUUAUCGAGAACUGGCAUAUAUUAUCUAGCAAAUUUUACUUUGUUGUGCAAGUUGAACCCUUGAUAUCAAGAAUUCAGGUUUCAGGGUUCAAUAUCUUAGAGCAGCUGAAGGUUUCGCAGCAACGUCUCCCCGAUGAUUUGGGACCUGAAACUUCAUCUGCCAUUGAAGAAGCCAUUAUUGAACAACUGGAAGGUGCAGGAGCCAGUUCAGAGGUGCUCGCUGAGAUUUCCGAGAACCUUAGCCUGAGGUCUAAUCAAGAGGUUCUAAUUGAGGCUGUGGCCCUUCAAAAGUUGAAAGAGAACGCUGAACAAUCUGAAAAGACCGCAGAAGCUGAAUAUAUUGAUCAAAUGAUCUCUGUUGUAACUCGUAUGCACGAGGAUCUUGUUAUGCUUAAGCAAGCUCAGAGCUCUUUCCCAGUGUCAGUACCAGCUGAUUUUUGCUGUCCUCUCUCUUUGGAGUUGAUGACAGAUCCAGUCAUUGUAGCAUCUGGGCAAACCUAUGAACGGGAUUUCAUCAAGAAAUGGAUCGAUCUCGGGCUAAUUGUUUGUCCAAAGACACUUCAAACUCUGGUUCACACCAACCUAAUACCUAACUACACUGUAAAGGCAUUGAUUGCAAACUGGUGUGAAUCAAACAAUGUGAAGCUUGUUGGCCCCGUUAAGUCCACAAACUUAUAUCAACCUUCUCUCCUUCAUGAGUCUAUGGAGUCUGAUUCAAUCAAGGAAUCACCUGUUAUAACUUCAUCAGGUGGAAUCAACCAAGAGGGAUCAUUGUCAUUGCAUUCCUCGUUAACUUCAGAAGGUUCCUUAAAUGCCAUGAGUAAUGUGCAACAUGCGGGUUCAGAUGAUGGGUCUGACAGCUCAGAUGAAGAGAGUAUGGAUUCAGCUGACCAAUCUUCAAUGUCACCAUCUAGAAGGGAAUCUUCCAAUGCCUCGAGCGCAGAAGUAUCUCAAUCCCAUGUUAGAACUGCUUCUGAUUCCAGUGCACUUUAUAGUGAAAAUAUUCCUGAAGGCAUAGAAGGUGAUAAUAUGCGGUCGGCCAAUUCAGUUGGCAUUGAAGAUACUUCUGGGGAACUAAAUCCAAGGCCAGAUACAGCCGCCAUGCCAACGCCGCAGAGAGAGCCUGAGAUUUUAUCUCAACUGCCGGAGCCAAGGUCUCAAAGGCAAUCUGUGUGGCAAUGGUCUUCAGAGAGAUUCCCUCCUAGGACAGUAUUAUCUCCUCCUGUUGAAACAAGAGAUGAUCUUUCUGAUACUGAAGCUCAGGUUCGGAAAUUGGUGGACCAAUUGAAGAGUGAGUCUCUUGAUACUCAGCGAGAGGCAAUAGUUGAGCUCCGCCUUCUCGCUAAGCAGAAUAUGGAUAAUCGAAUUGUGAUAACAAAUUGUGGAUGCAUUGGCUUAUUGAUUGAUUUACUUCAAUCAACUGAUCCAAUAAUCCAGGAAAAUUCCGUUACAGCCCUUCUUAACUUGUCAAUCAAUGAUAACAACAAAACCACAAUUGCAAAUGCUGGUGCAAUUGAACCUUUGAUUCAUGUCCUUAAGACGGGGAGCGCAGAAGCCAAGGAGAACGCUGCCGCAACUCUUUUCAGCUUAUCAGUUGUUGACGAAAACAAGAUUAACAUUGGGAGGGCCGGGGCGAUUGAACCGCUGGUUGAUCUCUUAGGGAAAGGAACCCCUAGGGGAAAGAAAGAUGCUUCCACUGCUUUGUUUAAUUUGUCGAUUUCUCAUGAAAACAAGGACCGGAUCGUGCAAGCGGGUGCUGUAAAGCACCUAGUAGAGUUAAUGGACCCUGCAGCCGGAAUGGUUGAUAAGGCGGUGGCUGUUUUAGCAAAUCUUGCAACCUUACUAGAAGGAAGAAGAUCAAUUGCUCAGGAAGGUGGGAUUCCCGGUCUGGUUGAGGUUGUGGAAUUGGGUUCGGCUAGAGGGAAGGAGAACGCAGCGGCGGCUCUUCUACAUCUAUGCUCUGACAGUCACAAAGUUUUGAACACUGUCCUCCAAGAGGGAGCUGUGCCCCCAUUAGUAGCAUUGUCAAAGUCAGGAACACCAAGGGCCAAAGAGAAGGCCCUGGCUCUUCUUAAUCAAUUUAGAAACCAAAGACAUGGUGGUGCUGGAAGGGCUUGAUUUUGGAUUCCCAACCUCUUGAGCCAACCAAAUUUUUUGAAAUAACCCAUACAAAACAUCUUUGAUUAGCACAUGGACAUUUGUUGGCCUCUGCAAACGGACGUUAGCACUUCAAGAUAAAAAAGUGAGCAUAUCUCUUCUGUGGAUUGGGAUGAAAGGAACGUCAACUGGUAUCCAAACACACACAUAUAGUUCACACAUAAUGUAUGUAAAGGUUAUUGUUGUUUAUACUUUCCUGUAAAGAGGAUUAAUUGUGCCCUUAUGUAAAAGACCUCUGUGAUGUGAAGAUAAAUUACCCUUGCAAGUCUAGAUUUUGUGUCAGGAAGAAAAUUCCCCCCCCCCUUCUUUUUAUACUGUGCUUGGGCAAAAUGGUUGUGAACAAAUAGUUUUAUUUGGUUUAUUGUGUGAUGUCUUAGCUGUCCCUUUCAGUGAGAUUGGGUUCUGGAUAUUUUCUUCAUUCUUGAAUGAUUUUAUACCCUGUAAUGUUUGAUAGGAGGCAUUUGAAAGGAAGAAACUAUAGAUAAUGGGAGACUUUUAAUUUCUUUGUA